GGCCCGCCGCGCCCCGGCGGCACCGCGGCGCCCAUGCACCCCGCCGCCAGCGCGCUGCGGUGAGGGGCAGGGCGAGCCCGGCAGCGCAGCGGGGGGAGCCGGCCCGCAAUGGCGGCGGCCGCCGCCAGCCCCGGGAGCCCCGUCGCCGCCGCCGGCCCCCUGCCGCCGCCCGAGCCCGGCCCCAGGAAGCCGCCGCCGCCGCCGCCGCGGGGCGACCCCCGGCGCAGGCAGGCCGCGCUCUCCUUCCUCACCAGCAUCUCCCUCGACGGGCGGCCCCCGCCGCCGGGCGCCGACGGCCCCGCCGCCAGGCCCCGCCAGGCCCCGCCGCCGCCGCGGCUGGGCAGCCCCCCGGCGGCGCCCGCCGAGCCCCCGCGGCCGGCGGCGGCGGGCGAGGAGGAGGAGGACGAGGAGGAGGAGGACGCCUUCGCCGCGGUGCAGGUGCCGGCCGCCGCCUUCCUGGGAGCCGCGGCGGCGGCGGCGGCGGCGGCGGCGGGGAGCCGCGGCCGCCUCAACUCCUUCACGGCGGGGGUGCUGCCGGCGCCCUUCGGCCGCGCCAGCCCCCAGGGCCCCGGCGGCGGCGAGCCGGGGCUGCCGGGCCCCGCCGCCGCCUUCGAGCUGCAGCGAUCCCGGCGUCGGCUGAUCUCCCAGCGAUCUUCUCUGGAGACCCUGGAGGACAUCGAGGAAAAUGCCCCACUGCGGAGAUGUCGGACUCUCUCAGGAUCACCCAGACCAAAGAACUUUAAGAAGGUUCAUUUUAUCAAGAACAUGCGGCAACACGACACCAGAAACGGCAGAAUAGUCCUUAUCAGCAGCAGAAGAUCCUUCUGUAGCAUAUUUUCAGUGCUGCCAUAUCGAGACUGUACCCAAGUCGGGGAUGUAAAGUUGGACGGUGGACGUCAAUGCCAUUCUGCAGGAGUGUGUCUGAAAGAAAUAAUUGGUCUUGAAGGUGUGGAGCUGGGAGCAGAUGGGAAGACUGUUUCUUAUACGCAGUUCUUAUUUCCAACAAAUGCUCUGGGAGCGCGGAGGAACACCAUAGACUCCACCUCGUCCUUCUCCCAGUUUCGCAAUGCAAGCCAUCGUAGCCUUUCUUUGGCAAGAGCUAACAGCACCCAAGGGAGCAUUGAUGCAGGUAGUGACCUGGGGGACUAUGUUGAAUAUGACCCAAAUCUUCUAGAUGAUCCCCAAUGGCCAUGUGGCAAACAUAAGCGGGUUUUAAUAUUCCCUUCAUAUAUGACCACAGUCAUUGACUAUGUGAAGCCAUCAGAUCUCAAGAAGGACAUGAAUGAGACCUUUAAAGAGAAGUUCCCUCACAUCAAGUUAACCCUCAGUAAAAUACGAAGCUUGAAGAGAGAAAUGCGCAAGCUUGCUCAAGAAGAAUGUGGUUUCGAAGAGCCCACCGUGGCCAUGGCCUUUGUGUACUUCGAGAAGCUCGCGCUCAAGGGCAAGCUGAACAAGCAGAACAGAAAGCUUUGCGCUGGAGCCUGUGUUCUCUUAGCAGCCAAAAUCGGCAGUGACCUCAGAAAACAUGAAGUCAAGCAUCUUAUAGAUAAACUGGAAGAGAAGUUCCGGCUGAACAGGCGCGAGCUGAUCGCCUUCGAAUUCCCGGUACUGGUGGCCUUGGAGUUUGCGCUCCACCUGCCGGAGCACGAAGUGAUGCCGCACUACAGACGUUUGCUCCAGAGCUCCUAGCGCUGGCUGCCCUUCCGGGAAGGGGCUCCGGACUGUUUCCACUUGGCUCUGGGGAGCUGCAGUUACUACUGGAAAUGCAAAAGCAGACUUGUAACACUUAGCUCGCUCGCUCUCUCUCACUCUCGCUCUCUCCAAAACAGUUUUUCCAGCAACAUAUAGGAAACACUGCGCUGACUUAAGACUCUCAGCUUUGAUAGAUUUACGUAUCGUUAUUUUCUCAAAGCAGGUGAAGACCGAGAUGUUGGUUAAUGGUUAACGUUUGCUGAAACUGGGUGGCAACUGACCCUACCUGUGGGGACUACAGAUUUCAAAGUUAGUUACCUGAACCAGACGUACAAAAAUUUGAAGGGCAGCCUCCAUUACCACCUCUCUCCAUCACACAAACCCCAAGAGCCCACUCGAGUGCAUUCUUCUAGUGCUUUUUCUACCGACCUGCUGCGACUUACACGACGACUUCUUAACGUUGUGAAAAGCUUUUAAAGAGGAUAUCUUCACUGUGUCAAAAAGAAUGUGCCAAUCUAUUUUUGUAUCAGCAAUUGAAAGUGCACUUUUUCCCGUGGGGUGGUUGUGUGCGUAUGUGUGUGUGCGCGCGUGUGUGACGCUGAACUGCUCUCAGGCCGGGUGGCUGGCUUCGCAGUUUCAGAGUGUAUCACUCACUGAUGGUGAAGAUCAAGGUGACCUUACGUGUUUACUUCUUGAAAAACAUAACUACUGGAAAAGUGGUAAAUGGGAACAUUUUUGGACACUUCUUUUUUUUUAAUUCUCUGAUCUUUCCAACAUUUUACCUUUGAAAGGGUUACACUACUACAACGGGAGAAGAAUCAGCAACUGACCAUAAGCUUUCACUCAUGUUUGUGAUAAAGAUGAAAGCAUUAGUACGAGAUUUCCAUGUCAUGUUUUUUAAAAAUGUCUUGUGUUAAGCCACAUGCAUAUUUUUAACCUUCGCACUUUUCCCACUGUGGAGAUGGUUAGACUUGCACUCUGUAGUGUUGUAUUUCUGUGCUCUAUGUUAGAGUGCGUAAUAAGCACAUUUAUUGUGCUGUAUCUUAAAACAGUGUUUUAUUAAAAAAAAAAGUAGGGCUCAGCAGUAUAAUAUAACAGGUGUCUUAAGGCUCCAACAGCAAGGACAUCAGCUAUUGUUGGUUUGGGUUUUUUUUUUUUCUUUUUAACUAGAAUUGACUGUGCAAAACUUAAAAUUGGUGACCAUUUAAGUUAAAGGUCCAGUUCCUUUAGACAUUUCAAUACUGGAGUUUUACAGUAAACUUCCUGCAGCUUCCCUGGUUCUGACUGGACACCCAGAAAGGCUGGAGCCUUUCAUCCAAACUCUCUGAUGCUAUAUACCCUAUGCUAGUGCCAUGCUCGAGGACACUAUUAAAUUGUUUUUAUUCUGUGAGCUUACACCCAUGUCCAAUCUUCUCCUAUGCUGAUUCACUGAGCAAGCCUUGCCCUGAACAUGCCCAACACAGAUCCACUAAAGUCAAACACUUACAUUUAUGGUAUUAAAAACAAACAAAAAAAAAUCUCAGCCAUAAGGUUUGAGCUGCAGCCUUACAUCUCUCAGUUUGGGAGUGCUUGCUCAGCGUACGGAAAGGGCUUGUGAGCAGAAGGUAGAGAAGUGGGACACAGCAGAGGAUGCAAACACACUAAUGCUUACUUUCUUUUACUUUAAUCGGUUUUAUUAUUUCCUUCAGUUAGGCCAGGAAACAUCCACUUUCUUUACCAGCUUUGAUGCCUUUAAAUUCUAGUAUGAAAAAGCCUGUGUAUGAUUGCUCUGUAGGUGCUGGAAAGGUUACAUAGAACAUGUCAGGACAAAUGGGAGUUUGAUGCUAUUGCUCUCCCUCCAUUUUAAGGGGGGGGCUCACUAUGCUAGCUUACAGUUAUUAUUCCUACUUAUCUAAUUAUUAAUUAGAUACAUUCCACUGGGACUGGGGGAGGAAGGGGCAAAGAGAAAAGUCCCCCCACCGCUGCAUUGGACGCAUCACUCGUCCGGCGGCGGAAAGGAGCCGGGGGCCCAGGAGCAGCCGAGGAACAGAAAAGCCGAGAGCCUUAACACGUGCAGAUCCUCUCCAGCCUGUUUAUUCAGCCCCACACGGCAGCGUAGCAGCCUGGCCUACAAACCAAAACGGUCGGCAGGUGCGAUGAGAGGCCCUCCGUCCUUGGCUGCCUCCUUUUUCACCAAAAUCGUGUAUAUACGUUCAAAAUUCACUUCUAAUAGAGUUCUGUUCCUAAUAGUGACCACAUAGAGCUAAAUGGAAGCUUUAGUUUUCCAUAAAGGCUUCUACAUUUUGCUUUUGAGUCUGAUUUUUAAUGUUGCUUUAUAGUAUUGCAGGGAAAAAGCAAAUUGUGACUGAAAGAUACAGACUAAAGAAUGACAGUCUUACAGUAGUCUUUAGAGACGCUAUUGAAUCAUGCUGUCACAUCUUUGUCUUCUGUGCUGCUACCCAACCCUGAUCUACAGUUUACACAGAUUUCUGGGAUGAAAUCUGAUUGCUGGAGACUUUCUGCUUUUUGUUGUUGUUGUUUUGGGGGCGGGGAAGGGUUUUGGAGUCAUGUUCAGUUACGGUUUGAAUGUGGAAUAAACACGAUGGUGACGAUGUUGCACUGUUCACUUAGGAACAUGUAUAAAGCCAUAUGAUGCUAAGCGUCAAAGCACAGAGCUUGGUCAGUACAACUAUGGUUAGGACAACAGGCAGUAUUUGCCCCCUUUUCUCCCCAACCCUGGGAAAAUUCAGGCUGAAGUGAUCAAGGAAAUCUGUACCAAACAAAAAAAAAAGUGUUGAUUGUUUUUGCCUUUGUCUUACAUGGUAAUGAGUGUUGAUUUACAAAUGAUUUUAGGUUCAACUUUAAAUAGUUUGGAAAAUAAUCCAUUCCAUAUCACUUGUUAUGUUUUGAGAUUAUAUACCAUACACUCUACCAUGCAGAGGUGUUUUUUUUCCUUUUCUAAAAAAAUAAAAAUUUUUAAAAAUUGAAAAACCCUGACUCUUUUCCACUAGUGACAGUAAGUAAAAUUAUUCAGUUCUCU